UGCAUCCCCGUUCCACGCCCAAAAGGGGGAGAAGAGACGAGCACCCGCACCCCGUGAGGUUUCCGUUUGUCCACUCCUGCUGCCGCUGCUGCUCGCGUCAGCCGCUGCCGCCGCCGCCGCCGCCGACGCGAGGAGGGAGACCGUGGAUGGAGAUCGCGCGGUCCGCCGCCGCCGUGGGCUGCUCCAAGGAGCACCAGAGGAUCUACGCCGACUGGUUCGCCAUCGCUGACCCAGAUGGAGACGGGCGCGUCACGGGUGCCGACGCCACCAAGUUCUUCGCCAUGUCCGGCCUCUCCCGCGCCGACCUCAAGCAGGUCUGGGCGAUUGCUGACUCCAAGCGGCAGGGGUACCUCGGCUUCGGCGAGUUCGCGGCCGCGAUGCAGCUCGUGUCUCUGGCUCAAGCGGGCAAUGAGAUCACCCAGGACAGUCUCAAGCGUGAAGAUCUGAGUAGCUUGGAUCCUCCUGAGAUGAAAGGUCUUGAUGAACUGCUUGCUAGAUCAAUGGCUAUUGUGAAUGUAGUUCGCCCACAAGAAAAUGGCACCCCUCAGGUGCAAGCACCUUCUACAAACAGCUGGUUCAGUUCCAAAUCUGCAAAGAAGAUUCAAACGCCUCUGACUGCUGUUACUUCUGUAAUUGAUGGCUUGAAAAGACUGUACAUCGAAAAACUGAAGCCUUUAGAAGUUGCAUACCGGUUCAAUGAUUUUGCCUCUCCAUUGCUGACGAACAGUGACUUCGAUGCGAAGCCAAUGGUUAUGCUCUUGGGUCAAUAUUCUACAGGGAAAACAACAUUCAUUAAGCACCUGUUGAAAUCAAACUUUCCAGGAGCUCAUAUUGGACCAGAGCCCACUACUGACAGAUUUGUAGUUGUGAUGUCAGGAUCUGAUGAAAGGACUGUUCCUGGCAAUACAAUUGCAGUCCAAGCCGAUAUGCCUUUCAAUGGUCUUACGACAUUUGGGGGUGCAUUCCUAUCAAAGUUUGAAUGCUCUCAGAUGCCACACCCUCUACUGGAUCAUAUCACCUUUGUCGACACUCCUGGUGUUCUCUCUGGUGAAAAGCAAAGGACCCAGCGUAGUUAUGAUUUCACUGGUGUAACUUCAUGGUUUGCUGCAAAGUGCGAUGUUAUUCUUCUAUUGUUUGAUCCUCACAAGCUCGAUAUCAGUGAUGAAUUCAAGCGUGUCAUUUCUUCUUUACGGGGGAAUGAAGACAAAAUACGUGUGGUGCUUAACAAGGCAGACCAAGUUGACACUCAGCAGCUUAUGAGAGUGUACGGUGCGCUGAUGUGGUCUCUUGGGAAAGUUCUAAACACCCCUGAGGUUAUGCGUGUCUACAUUGGGUCGUUUAAUGACAAACCUGUGAAUGAAUCAGCUGUUGGGCCAAUUGGAAAGGAAUUGUUUGAGAAAGAGCAAGAGGAUCUCCUUGCUGACCUGAAAGACAUACCUAAGAAGGCUUGUGAUCGCCGGGUCAAUGAGUUUGUGAAGCGUGCUAGAGCUGCGAAGAUCCAUGCUUACAUAAUUGGCCAGCUGAAGAAGGAGAUGCCUGCAAUGAUGGGGAAAGCCAAGGCCCAACAGCGACUCAUCGACAACUUACAAGAUGAGUUUGCAAAGGUCCAGAGGGAGUACCACCUUCCGGCGGGCGACUUCCCCGACGUGGAGCACUUCAAGCAGGUGCUGGCCGGGUACAGCAUCGACAAGUUUGAGAAGAUGAAGCCCAAGAUGGUGCAGGCCGUGGACGACAUGCUCGCGCACGACAUCCCGGACCUCCUCAAGAACUUCAGCAACCCUUACCAGUGAACCUGUUGCUGACCUCUCGUCAGUUGCGACUUGUUCCUCUAGUGUUGCUCGUCUGCCAUGACUCAUGAUGGAAGUAGGCAAGCGUGAGAGACCCAUGCCCUUGUGUGGGAAAAGUGAUAAACGUGUAACACAAUGUUCAGAGAUGCAUUGACUCUUUCCUUUUGUCUUCAGUGCUGUACUGCCGCAGCCUAUGCAUCUUUGACAACUGUUUGGAAUAGAUACUUGGUGGGAGAAUUCAGGAUGAA